GGUACAUAUUGAUGCUGUUGGCCCAAAAUUAGCCUUGCUCUAAUCGGGUCAAGCUUCUGGCGGAUUUACAUUUUCCCCAAAUCGACAAACGAACACUAUGAGUUGAGAGCUACUCGUCGGUGAUCGGACUUUGGUGGAAUACCUUCUCAGACGUCGAUUAUUAGAUAGCCUGCUUUGGCUUACAUAAUGCCUCGUAGUCGCAAUGCCAUUGUUGCUACUGGCUUAGUAGCCUUUGUUGCUGCUGGCUUAGCAUCAUUCCCAUUUUACAUGGCGUGAGUAAACCUUUUCAGCUUUUCUAUGGCAGAGUUCGGUGAUGAAGAUGCCCCCCUUCCCCCGCCCGCCAAGAUCUCCCUUGGCGGCAAGAAGAAAACGAAGGCGAAGCCAGCGGGGGAAAAGGAGAUCCCCUUGGCCCGACCGCUAAGCGCCUCGACCGUGACGACGGCCGAGGGCUUCGUCGUGGAGCCAUCUGACGUCCUAGUCACCCGGGGAAAAGAGAAAGUGCCCGAGCAGGGCGUGAGGGAGGUGGGCGGCAUGAAACGCCGCCGCGAACAACGCAGCCCGAGCCCUUCGGUCGGGCGAGAAAGGGACGCUUCGUCCAUAUUGGCCCGGAUUGGCAAUGCGGGGCGAGCCAAAGAAGAUCUGGGGAAGAUGACCCCCACACAGGUAGCCGAGAGGAUCGGCUAUGAUCUGGCCGAGAUCUCCCGAGCGGCCCAAUUAUUACAGGGUCGGGCCAUGCUGGCCGAGGAAGCCGACCACCAUAAGAAGACGGCCGCCCGUCGCCUUCUGGAGGUUAAAGAGCUCCAAGCCGAGCUCGAGAAGGCUCAAAAGGCCUUAAAAAAGAGCGACGAGGACCGGGCCCUGGCGGAGAAGGUUGCCCAUCGGGCAAUCGAGGAGGCCAAACAGCUGAAGGCUCAGCUCGGUAACCCGAGCGAAUUGGCGCAAGCAGUCUUCAAAGACAGCGACUCGGGCUCAGCCUUCCUCACAGCAGCCCGGGGGACAAAGGUCGGGGAGGAUCUGAUCCUCUCGUUCGGGCGGUGGGCCUUCAAGGCCGGGCAACGGAAGAUGCUCGAGCGGGCUCGUACCCGGAUGGAGCAAGCUCUCGAGGGGGAGGACCUUCAGCUGGUUCUCUCGACGCUGCCCCCGGACUUGGCUGAUCCCGGUCCUUCUCCCUUCAGCCCCAAAGAGAAGACAACUGAGCAAGGCGGGUCUUCUGCGGCCGCCGCGAGCGAGAAGGAAGCUGCUGGAGCUCGGGAAGCGAAGAAGUAG